AUGGUGAUGGAGUCGUCGUCGGCGAUCAUACCCGGCUUGACGGACGACGCAGCGGAGCUCAGCCUCUCGCGAAUCCCGCGCUCUAGCUUCCGGAGCGUUUCCCAGGUCAGCCGGCGAUGGAGGACAUUCCUCAGGAGCGAUCAUUUCGCUGCCAUCCGAGAGUUGACCGGAACUGUUGAGGAGUUCAUGUGUGUUCUGAUGGAAAGCGAGUGUGGAAGAGACGUGUACUGGGAGGUUUUCGACGGCUCCGGGAACAAACUGGGACUGAUCCCUCCCGUCCCUGGACCUUUGAAGCGCGGUUUCGGCGUCGCUGUGCUCGAUGGCGGGAAGAUCGUUUUCAUCGGAGGAUACACGGAGGUCGAAGGCUCUGGGAUCAAUAGCACCACCGUCUCUGCUUCUGCCGAUGUUUACGAGUUCGAUCCUGCUGCUAACAGCUGGAGAAAACUGGCGGGGAUGAACAUACCACGCUACAACUUUGCAUUUGCUGAAGUGGACGGCCUUUUGUAUGUGAUUCGAGGCUAUUCAACAGAUGCUUAUAGCCUCUCCAACUCGGAAGUAUACAACCCGGAAACUAACCAGUGGAGCAUUAUGGAUUGUCCAAACCGCCCGGUCUGGCGUGGCUUUGCAUUCUCCUUCAAUUCCAAACUCUACGCUGUAGGGAAUGGAUCGAGAUUCAUCGACGUAUACGACCCAAAAACGCAGACAUGGGAAGAGUUAAACUUGGAGAAAUCAGUGUCGGUCUAUUCCUAUACUGUUGUGAGGCACAAAGUGUAUUUCAUGGACAGGAACAUGCCGGGACGUCUGGGAGUGUUUGAUCCAGAAGAGAGUUCAUGGAGCUCGGUGUUUGUGCCUCCGAGAGAGGGAGGUUUCUGGUUCAGACUAGGGGAAUGGAACAAUAAGGUUUUGCUGUUCUCACGGGUUUGUGGACAUGAGACCUUAAUGUAUGAUCUUGAUAAAGAGACAGGGUCCAAGUGGAGAGUGUGUGAUCAGAUUAAACCAUCUGCUUCUCAAUUGACCAGCGUUCUCAUCAACUUCUGAUCUUCUCUUUUUAACUUCAUUCUUUUCCAAACAAGUCUUUGACCUUUUGGCACUGUGAGUUUGUGUGUUUGGCCAAAAAUGUCCCCAAUUUCUCAACUUUGUCAAUGAUACAUGUAUUUGUUGUGUGUGUAUACUAAUCUUGUGUAAAUAUAAAUGUUUCCACAUUUGC